AUGAAAGCCAACAGGCUGCUGGGUUGCACCAAGAAGGGCAUUGCCAGCAGAGAUGAAGAAGGUGUCAUCCCACCUGUCAGACCACACCUGGAGUAUUGUGUUCAGGAGCUGGGAGCAGAGCCCUGCGGCAAAGCCACCGUCCCCACGCCACCCAAACGUCCCCAGGGUGCCACUGAGACCUGUGACAGGGGCAAGAUGAUGGCUGACACUGCUGCCCACGUCCAGCCUGGGACCACCAUCACCCUGUCCUGCCAGCUGUCCCCCCCACACCACUCCUUCCUUGCCAUUUUCCUCAAUGGCUCCGCACUCAGCAGCGGCUCCGGCAGCUCCAUCAGCACCAGGUUCCUGGUGCAGAGCUGUGGCAGACACACCUUCACCUGCAAAACCCUCUGGCAACACAGGAGAAAAAUCAUCUGUGGGAUUGACAUCGAGGCUGGAAACCCUCCAGAUGAGCCCAGGAACGUGUCCUGUGUCCAGGAGGGGAGCAGAGGCCACCCCAGCUGCACCUGGGAGAAGGGCAGGUUCACCCACAUCCCCACCACCUACCUGCUUCAGCUCUCCAAGGGGACAGAUGAUGUUCUCUGCUUCCCAGAACAACAGCAGGAGGAGAGCUUGGGCUCCUUGGGCUCCCUGGCUCUCAGCAAGCUGGACUGGGACUCUACCUACACUGUUGUGGUCAUUGCCUCCAACCAGCUGGGGACAGCUGUGUCACAGCCCCUCAGCUUCAUGCUGAGAGACAUUGUGAAACCCCAUCCUCCUGACCUCCUGCUUCACUUUGGAAGCUCUUCCACCGCCAGCUGCACCUUGUCCUGGGAGGAGGGGACCCCAGCACAUCACUGCCACCUCAGAUACCAUCCCCUCACCAGCACCACCUGGAGCAGGGUUGAGAACGUGACCAGUGAGAAGUGCAGCCUGGAUGGUCUGGAGCCCCACACAACCUAUGAGUUUCAAGUCAGCUGCAAAAUUCACCCUGAACGAGGGCUGUGGAGCAACUGGAGGAUCUACCAAGCCCAGACCCCUGAAGCAGUGCCCACGGGGCACCUGGACCUCUGGUACCGACAGCAGGAGGUGGGCAGCCAGGGCCAGAGCAUCUCCCUCUUCUGGAAGGCUCUGAGCAAGUGGGAGGCAGGGGGACACAACCUGAGCUACAGGGUGACUUUUGAAGCCCUGGGCCAGCAAACCCCCCCAGCAGAAUCCCAGCUCACCACCCAGAGCAGCUGCACCAGGCUCCUGCCCAGCCUGCCCUACAGGAUCACACUCACUGCUGAGAACUCCAGGGGCAGAUCCCCCCCCACAUCCAUCCUGACUGAGCCAGGCACUCAGGUCCUGCCCCCUCCCCAGCAGGUCUCUGCAGUGCCCCAGGGCAGCAGCAGCAUCCUGGUCAGCUGGAGAGCACCCAGCCCAGCCCCAGUGCCCAUCACUGGCUACGUGGUGGAAUGGGCUGGCACCCAGAGGAGCCCAGAGCCAGCAGCCUGGGUGAAGGUCCCAGCACCCAACCUCUCCACCCUGCUUGCAGAGAACAUCCAGGAAAACCUCUGCUACGAGAUCCGUGUGUCUGCUCUCUACCAGGACAGAGCUGGACAAGUGGCAUCAGUCUGGGGACACUCAGGAGCAGAAGCACCCUCAGCUGGGUUCCAGAUGUACAGCACCCCAGAGGCCACCAGCAUCCUGACAUCCUGGGAUGAAAUCCCUGCCCAGCUGCAGAGGGGCUGCACCCCGGGGCACCAGGUCCAGCUCCAGAGGAAGGGCUGGGAGGAAGCCCCAGAUGUCCCCAGUGCUGGGGACUGGGUGACACUGGUGCUCACCUGCAGCUUCUUCAUCCUGGCAGCCUGCACGUGUUCCGUGCCCCCAGCAAGGAAAGGGUUCCAGUCCCUCCUCUCAGCACUGCUGCCGCAGAGCGGAGCCAUCCCGGACCCCUCCAACGCUGCCUGGGCAAAGGAUUUCCUGGCUCUGAAGGCUGAGCUGAGGUGGCCCUCCACCCCCUUCCUGCACAACACCAGCAUCUUUGAAGAGCCCCAAACCACCCCAGUGGAGGAAAACUUCAUGAAGACCAAAGCCCUGGUCAUGGAGGGCAGCAAUGGCAGAAGGGACAAGUGGCUGGGCCAGGAGGAGCUGGGCUACAAGGUUGUCCCUGGCUCAGGCCAGGGGGAGGAGGGGGAUGAGCAGCAUCUCCCCUACAAGCAGCUGGGGGGGACAGGACCCACACAGAAUGUCUCUGAGUACAUUGCCAACCCCAUGGCUGAGGGAAUGGAAGUGACUCAGCCACCAGCUUCACGGGAUGGUUUGGGUUACAAGGGACCUUAA